UUCGAAAAUCGACCCCUAGUUUUCAAGUUGAACUUUUCCGGGUUACGUAGAUACAUGGCGAUAUUUAUUGAAGAAAAGUUACAGUUAUUUAUUACAUGAUUUCUGCGAUAUAUUCGGCGAAAUCAUGAUUGAUGGAUCGAUUUUGGUGAGUUUUCUUUUACGUUGUUCGAAUUUGUGUGAUUUUAUUAGAGUAAUUAGAGCGUAUUAUUGAUGGAUGCUGAAAAUGUGAUCGACUGAUCAGAAAGAUACCUAUAUCUCUGGGUUCUCUGCACAAGCGCAGUACUUGAUUCGUCGGUGUGGUUUGCGAUUCCAGAAAUUUUAUGUGUCGGCUGUACCGAAAACGAUCCACAUCGAAAAUGCUCCUCUCUCUACUCCUAAUCGCCUGGAUGACGGUAGGAUCAAUGGGAAUCUCCCAAGUCGAAUACGAAACUCGAGCUAAAAUCUUGAUCAAACAAGCCGGCGGAGAAGACCGAGUCAUCUACCUGGGAUCACCACCUUCGUACGAAGAAUUAGUCAAAAGAAGCACCGCCAUAAUGGAUAAAUCAGGAUUAGUAAAACGAUACAUAAUCGAACCAAAACUGCUACUGGUCACCGCGCCUCCAAAAUGGGGCAAAUCGACCAACUUAGACAUGCUGAGGUUCUUCCUGGAAUCCGAACAUUUGGGCCGAAAUUUACCUAAAGACAAAACCGCUCUGCACGAUCGAGAUCACCAGUUCAAAGAUCGUAUGCGAGGAGUAGCGUUCGAGUUCUUUAAACGAGGCACAAUCUACGAUCACUUUUGGAAAAAAUUACACAAAUACGAGCAGCCUCCGGCGAUCGCUUCUUCGAACGAUAUGCUUAACAAGUAUUGCGGUAAAUUUCCGGUCAUCUACGUGAAUUUCACGAGUGCCAACUGGACCGGUAAUGAUUUCCAAUCGAUGAUUAAUGAUUUAAAGAUUGUUCUCAGUCAAACGUUUAAAAAACACGAGUACGCGUUGACAAAGCUGGAGAAGACCGUGGUUGGGAAAAGUUUAACGGUGAAUCAGCAGAAAGUACUUAGACGUAAUAUUGGCACGUUGCAGAGGUUCAUGAAAGGCGAAGAAAAUUCCCCAGUUGAAUUACAGUGCAGUCUGCAGUUCUUAUCUAUUACUUUACGUAAUCAUUACUUGAAAUACGUUCAUAUAUUGAUCGACGAUUACGAUCUAGUGUACAGAAAAUACGUGCUGGAGAAUAAUUGCAGUAAACUAGAAGCUGAUAAGAUCGACACCUUUUUCAGGACGUUUUUCAAGGAAACAUUCGUAUCGAAUCCGUUCCUGGAGAAAGCAUUCGUAACUGGGUUAUUACGUUUGAGGAUCGCCGAAGAUUUCAAACACAUUAACGGACCAUUCCAUCAGUAUUUCGGGUUCACCAAGAAUGAAAUCAGUAGAUUAUUCUACGUUCUGAAUAUAACCUACGAUCUGGGCCAAAAUGCUCGUAAAUGGUACGGUAAUUACCACACGUACGAAAGACUCGAGCCUACUGUGUACAAUCCUUGGUCCAUUGCCCACUUCAGUAACUCGAAAGAAGUCAAGAAUUACAUUCAUACCGCCACAAAUACAACCUUCUUCAAGAAAAUGCUGAAAAAUCACAACGUCAGCUGUUUAUUCGAGAGAUUCCUUUAUAACAGAAAUGUACCUUUAUGGAUGGAGGAAGUGCAAUUUGAUUCGAAUAUAUUAAUCAAAUUACAAUCUUUGUUAACUGGCGAAUUCCCGGAUGAAACCCAAGACGAUACAAGAUACGUGCUGCAUUACAUGCUCGCUUUGGGAUACCUAAUAAUGGAUAUGGAUUACGAAACUAAAAGAACUAUCAAACCUUUCGCUUCGGUCAAUGUGAGAAUCCCAAACUUGGAAGUAUUCGAACAAAUAGCCGAUCUAGUAUUUGAUUCUUACACCGAUGGUUGGAAUGAAACUGCCACAGAUACUUUAGAACAAGCUUCAGCCGAAUUAUCAAAAAUUAUCGGCGAUACAGAAAAUGAAAUUGAUACGAGUUCAUUGGCAGCUUUGCUAAGUCGUCUGUUCCAAUUUAUGGUUAAUAACGAGGAAGAUCUCGAGGCAGAUUUUGGCUUGGUUAUGCAAAAGCAGCCUUAUCUGGUGCACAGGAUUAUGUUCAUGGUGGCCUUCAAUGCUAGAGCUAUUGGAAAUUAUGAACUGGAAGGUAAAACUAGCUUCGCUAGGACUGCUCCGGCUGAUAAGCUUAGACCUGAUUUUGGAUUUUAUCAUGGAACAAGAGCCACGAUUAUUGAAACGACUAAUGGAAGUAAUUGCACUCUGGAAUCUUUUGCGUAUAUGAACUCGACGUUGAGAUUCAACGAGAAGUUUUUCAAAGCACGUGUUAUACCUAUUCAGAGUGUUAGGUGGAUUGAUAUUCGUGUUUAUCCUAAUGGCAGUGUUACUAUUGAUCAGAAACAGAAUGCUAGGAAUAUAACCUCAUCGUAGUGGAUAUUUUUAAGUUCCAAGUGGAAGGGACGGGUCGAAAGGGUGGAAAUUGUAUUGAGGUUUUUGGUGAGAAAUGUAGAUAGGUAGGUAGGUGUUUAUUCGAGAUGUUAGGUAAAAUGGGGCUGAUUCUUGGAAGUGUUGGAAGUAGAAUGAAGGCAAGAUUUGAUUUUUCAAGUAUUAUACUAUUGUAAAUUAUGUUUUUUAAACUUUUUUUUUCAUGUUCGAGAUAAGGAAUAUUUUUUUUAGUGAAAAUAUACAAACUACCUCGUG